GCGGAGACAACAGGGACUGUGGAACACAGCCCGGGGUCCACCCGAGCACCCACAACAGAGGUGCUGCCCCAGGAUGCGAUGACCAUCAACGGGGAUAGCCCCGUCGCCUUCAGCAACAUGACAGUGGACCAUGAGGGCAACUUUCCUCAGAAGCGCAGAGCACAAGCUGUCCCUACGAGCCAGCCCGCAGCGGGGACAUCACCAGUCACCGUGGAGGCGAUCGCCCAGGCCCUCCGCGAGGAGCUGCAGGCGGGGUUCGCGACCCAGCAAAGCCGCCUUAGCAAGGAAAUCCGGGAGGAAAUCGGGGACGCCAUGCUCCAGGUCAACAAGCGCAUCGAGGCAGUUGAGAAAGGGGUCACGCGCCAACUCCAGCAGGUCUUCACCUCAGUUCAGGAGCUCUCGGUGUGCCAGGAGAAGCAGGCCGUCACACUGGUGCAGACAGGGGCAGAAACGCAGCAGCUCGUUCGCCGUGUGCUCGCCCUGGAAGAACAGCUCGCCAAGCUCGAGAACCGACCCUCACCCACGGGGACAACGGAAGAGCCCACCCGGCGCCCGGCCUUCAUUGUCGGGGGAUGGGACAGCAAUCAGGAAGCCAAGCAAACCCUCGACAAGGCCAAGGCAAUACUCAAGGACCUCCAGGCGGAUGUCGACCUCGAGGACGCCUUUGUACCGGGGCUCAGACGGGGCUACAUCAUCGUGCCGAUGGUCGCCAGGCCGCAGGAGACCGGGGAGGAGAUGCGUGGCAGGAUUCAGCAAGCCGUCCUCAGAGUCCGCACCGCCAACAUCGAGUUGGGCACCAAGGAGGAUGGUAGCCCGUCCCGGUUAUGGAUGGCAGUCAGCCAGCCACCAGAGCGACGUAAGAAGGCUCAGCUCGCGGCUAAGACCAAGAGGCUCCUGCUCGAACUCCACGGGGACCAUGGGCGGCUGGACGUGGAGUGGUCCACAGGUUCCGUGUGGCACAAGGACGUCAAGGUGGCCUCAACGAGCGGGACGCGACCGGCAUCCGCUGUUGAAGCCGGGCCAGGCUGGAUCGACUUGAAGGAGAUCGCCAAGCAGCUGCGCACGGAAGGGGACACCGUCAAGGACACGUGGAAGCCGCUUGCGGCGCGGCUACGUUGA